AUGUUUGCCACGCUCGUUCCCUUUUGUUUCUCGUUAACCUUCGUUUCAUUGACCUUGACCAAGCUGGUCCACCUCUCCAUCCACGCCAAGACCGUCUCCUUGGCUGCCUUUGUCCUUUUCCUACCCUCGCUGCUUCUCCCGGACCUCCUGGUCAUUUUGGUGUCACGUCUAGCUCUGCGACAGAAGAAGGGCGUUGCUGCUGUCACCGCCUGCGUGCUAGGCUGUAUUUUCUCUCUCAUCGUUUUUGGCGCCGCUUCUUCACAAAUUGGCUUCUUUUACUCAACCGGCAAUGAGAUUAAGUGGUCCGAGGCACGAAGCUAUGCUGGCGACAAGGAUGGCAUGAAGAUCCUGCUCAGCGGUCUCAACACCGUCAUUGCAUCUGGGCUCCUCAUUUUUGGUCUUGCCUGGGUUGCUAAGUGGUAUCUUUACAGAGGGGUUGGCGGAUUGCUGGUCUUGGUCGCAACACCUAUCAACUAUGUCUGGACAUCAUGCCGAGGCUCCAAGGCCCAGAGACGCCGCAACUACUACCCUCGAUCCCCCAACACACUCCUCGACCCAUACAGCUCCGAUAGCGACACUAGCGACUCUAGCGAUGACUUCGACGAGAUGAAAGGUGGCCUGGAGAGUGGCUAUGGAGACAACCGGGAGGAAUACCCGACUCAAAAGACACCAUGGCUCAUUGUUAGUGGUGUUGCCGUCUUCAUCACGCUCACCACCCUCUGCCGGCCGUUCGCGCCGUACCACAUGAUGUCGGCCACCCUCCCCCUUCAGAUGCUCGAGAUGUUCAAGUCGACGCCCGAUGUGUGCGCUGAGAAUGCUGCGCUCAACGGAAACCCGUGGCCUUACCCCGAGCAGCUUGAAGUGUCCAAGUGGGAGAGUCCCAAUGGUCACUUCAAGGGAUGGGCUCCGGGAAGCAACAACGAUUACGUUCAGCAGUACCGCGACACAGUCCCCGAUUGGCUCCCCGAGGAGGUUCCUUCUGGCUUUGGCAAGUGGUCUUUGAAGAAGGCAGUUCCUGAGGAGGUUGAGAAGACCGACAACUCGACCGACAAGGCUAAGAACAGCUGCCCUGGCAUCGAGGCCCAGGACGCCUUUUACAACCCUGUCAGCGACCCCAUGAAGAUUUCGAACCAGGACAGCGACAUCUUGGAGGUGCUGCAGGACGUGCUCAACAACGGAACCGUCAAGAUCAAGCACGUUGCUUUGAUCAUGAUGGAGAGUUUCCGAGAGGAGCUCUUCCCUCUUCAAUAUGGUUCUGACAUGCACAAGAUCAUUAUGCAGGCUAACAAGGGCAAGAAUGAGGAUGAGAUUAACGCUCGACUUGCUGGCCUGGGACCCGUUGCCCAGCGCAUUACUGGAAAGUCGGCAGACUUCAAGAAGAAGGACGGUUCCGCUUUCGACCCUGUAGCAAUUCCCCAGUGGAACGACACAACCGAGGAGGGAUUUGGUGGCAUCAAUGUCGUUGGAGGUUUCACAACAUCUUCUCUUUCAUUCAAGAGCAUGGCCGCCAUUCACUGCGGUGCCUGGUCCAUGCCCGUCGACGGCUUCGAGGAGUCCGAGACACAGGCUUACCAAGCUUGUAUUCCCCAGGUUCUGGAACUCUUCAACAAGAUCAAGGAGGACAAGCCCAGCGAGGACUUUUUGGACCAGCAGUGGUACCCCGCCUUCUUCCAGUCCAUCACCGACGGAUACGAUCGUCAAGACAAGUUUGACGAAAAGAUCGGCUUCAAGCACAUUGUCACUAAGGACCGACUGGACGCUGACGCCAAGGAGGGCGAGUUGGAGGAGAUCAACUACUUUGGAUACGCCGAGACGACCCUCAAGUCCCACAUCAAGGACUACAUCACCAAGAUCCAGAAGGAGAACAAGCGCAUGUUCUUCUCUCACUUUACCAGCACCACUCAUCACCCCUGGGGCGUGCCUCAAUCCUUCAAGUCCGAGGAGUAUCUCCAGACUCACGGCAAGAAUGGAUGGCACGAAGACUUUAACAACUACAUGAACGCGAUCCGCUUCACAGACGCGUGGCUCGGUGAGCUCAUGCAGACCUUUGACGACUUUGGCAUCUCCAACGAAACCCUCGUCGUCUUUGUCGGCGACCACGGCCAGGCCUUCAAGGAAGACCAGCGCUCCAAGACCGGCACCUACGAGAACGGCCACGUCAGCAACUUCCGCGUGCCCAUCACCUUUAGACACCCCAAUAUUCCUCGGGUCCAAUAUAAUGCUAAUGCCACCUCCAUUUCUAUCCUCCCCACUAUUCUCGACCUCCUCAUCAACACCGGCUCGCUCAACAAGAAGGACACAGCAGCCGCAUCCGACCUUAUCCACGACUACGAAGGCCAAUCCCUAAUCCGACCAUACAAGUCCUCGCACAACGGCCGCAGGGCCUGGAACUUUGGCAUCAUCAACGGCGGAGCCAGCAUGCUUUCCAUGACCUCUGCCGAUGCCCCCUGGAGGAUCGUCAUCCCUCUAGACCAAAAUACCCAAUAUCGGUUCACCGAUCUGAAGAACGACCCUCUGGAGCUUGCGCCGUUCGAGAAGUGGUCCAUGAGCGACUUGGCCAAGGGCGUCAAGUCCAAGUAUGGCGAGGAGGCUGCGCAAUGGGCCAUCGAGGCCGAGGCCGUCUCCAAGUGGUGGGGUCCAGAGCGAAAACGGCUCUGGGGCUUUAAUUCUAAUAAAGAAGAAUAA